GGAGCAGUUGUUCCAACCUCUACUGCUGUAAAGACAACCAAGCCUGACUCCACAUCAUCACCGAAAAAGGAAGUAGUCAAACGAGAACCUACACCACCACCCGGUGAAGACACGAUCUUUGACGCCAACGAAUUGCGGCACUAUUUGCGGCCAGUUUGGGAAAAGUUGGAUUGCUCAGAAGACGCUAUACCAUUCCGUAUGCCUGUUGAUCCGGAUUUGUUACAUAUACCUGACUACAACGAUAUAGUGAAACAUCCAAUGGAUUUAUCAACGAUUUGCGGGAAAUUGGACAGUGGUCGUUAUAAGAAUCCAUGGGAGUUCUGUGAUGAUAUGUGGUUAAUGUUCGACAAUGCCUGGAUGUACAACAGAAAAAACAGCAAGGUGUACAAAUAUUGCACAAAGCUGAGUGAAAUGUUUGUGGCUGAAAUGGAUCAAGUUAUGCAACAAAUGGGAUAUUGUUGUUCACGGAAGUUGUCCUUCACACCAUUGGCAUUGUUUUGCUAUGGUGCAUCGAUGUGUACGAUUGCAAGAGAUCAGCCUUAUUGGGUGUACGAGCAAACGUCAUCGCAGUAUGGUGUGACCGUGUCGGAGCGAUACACCUACUGUUUGAAGUGCUUUGAUGCAUUACCGCCCGAAGGCAUCUCGUUGUCGGAAAAUCCGAACGACCAGUCAAACAUGGCACCAAAAGACAAAUUUGUGCAAAUGAAGAACAAUGUGAUCGACUAUGAACCGUUCGAAGUGUGCAAAUACUGUCAUCGAAAAUGGCAUAGGAUCUGUGCGCUUUACGACAAGAAGGUAGUGAUUUUGGUUGUUUAA